AUGUCGUCCGGUGUUAAGAAGCAGGAGAAAGAGAAGAAGAAGAAAGGCAGCGAUGAUGAUGAAUCGGCGGAUGACAUAAAUGUGAAGGUGAAUGGGCAGGAUGGGAUCCAAGUGUUCUUCAAGAUCAAGAGACGCACAAAACUGAAGAAGCUGAUGGAUGCUUACUGUGAUCGGCAAUCAGUGGAUUUCGAGACUACUGUAUUCCUAUUUGAAGGCCGUCGUGUUGGAGAAAAGCAGACUCCUGAUCAGCUGCAAAUGGAAGAUGGCGAUGAGAUUUAUGCUAUGCUGCACCAUCAAGGAGGAGGUUCUACUCAUGUCUAG